CUGUCUCCGGUGUGCGGACAGCGCAUUUCACAAUUUUUUUCUGGAGAACUUUGUAACGUUUCUCAUAAGUAUAAUGGCGGCACCAACGAAAGCGGCAAAUUUGAAAACAGUAAUUGUUGGUUCCACACGGAAGCACAGUGCGAGUGUUAUUUUCCUUCACGGCUCAGGAGACACAGGUGAAGGGGUACUGGGUUGGAUCAGGUCGCUGGUUCAAGAUGCCUUCAGGAUUCCACAUGUUAAAUUCAUCUUCCCCUCCGCACCGGCAAGGCCAUACACGCCGGCUGGGGGUGCUCUGAGCACUGUGUGGUACGAUAGAGUGCGUAUUGCUCCAAACGUCCCUGAGCUUCUGGAAACCAUCAAUCCCCUCUGUGAGCAGUUGGGAAAGUUGAUAGAUGCUGAAGUUGCUGGGGGGAUCCCCCAAAACCGUAUCAUUCUCGGUGGCUUUUCCAUGGGUGGAGGGAUGGCCAUGCAUUUAGCCUAUCGCUUCCACCAUGAUGCCGCUGGUGUGUUUGCAUUGUCAAGUUUUCUCAAUGAGGACUCUGUUGUUUAUAAAGUCAUGACUUCCAAAGCUUGCCUACCACCUCUGUUUGCCUGCCAGGGUCUAAGAGACAACUUAGUCUUGAGUGACUGGAGCAAAGAGACCGUCAGGCAGCUCUCUGAUCGGGGUGCACUCUGUGAAUACCACACCUUCCCCAAACUGUACCAUGAGAUGAACGCGCAAGAACUUCACAUGCUCACAGACUGGAUUAAGAAGCAGGUACCAGAUGAUGGAAGCUGAUUCUUGACAGUAUCAUUACAAGGGAGCAAGGUUACCAGACGAUCAGGUUUAACUACGCAAGAGUGGCUUAGACAGAACGCUCUACUUACGUGUUGGUGCUCGAAUCUCCCAAAACGAUUGAAGUGACGUGUUGCAAAUUCUUAAAAUAACUGCCAAAACAUACCCUCUCACCCUGACCUUUUUCUUCAUGUUCAUUACCCACAGACAUAGCUUUUGCAGCUGUUGUGUGCAUGAAUCUCCACAAGAAAGAAUUCUUUGAUCAAUCGUACACAAUACAUGUACUUUGGUUUGCUACGGAAGCUUAUAUGGCUGUCCAUGUUACCACGUAGCUGAAUUAAUUUAUUGUGGAAACAGAGAAUCAUACCUGGAUAACACUGAUUUCAAAGAUAAGUUAUCGUUGAAACGCUGAAUUCAACAACAACGCUUUGUGGGAACGCCAAUUUCAAUUAUAUUAUUUCUCUGUAAUGCAGAAUUCAAAGAUAACAUAUCCUGGCAACACGGGAUUCCAUGAUAAUAUUUCUUGGAAGCACGGAAUUCAAUUGUAAUAUUUUUUGGAAAUACAGAAUUCAAUGAUAAUAUACAUGUACCUUCAAAACUUGGAAUUGAAUGAUAAUGUACCUCAGAAGCCUAGAAUUCACUUUUGUUCACUGGUACAUGGCGCGUCAUCUUUGCAGGGUAGCCUACACAAGGUGUCAUAUUGGCACACUCAGGCCUACUGUCCAUCAUGUCUCAUGUUGCACAUGAGCUGAGCCAUGGACUUUGAUUCAGACUCAAGUUGAAUGUAUUGGUUGGCCGGAGGCCCUGGCAAGAAAUACUUUGUCUCCAAAACUGUGGACGUUGAAUUCCGAGUUUCAGGCAUUAUCAUUUAAUUCCAUGUAGCCGAGAUACAUGUACAUUAUCUUUGAAUUCUGCAUUUCAGAGAUACAUUAUCAUAAAAUUAGUGUUUCCACAAUGUUUUAUCAUCUAGUUAUUUAUUGAUGUAAUUUUACCAGGUUAGCCCCAUCAGCUAUCAAAGAACUGCUGUCCUUGGGAGCCGUGCAUUAACUUGUAAAAAUACAGUUUGUACUUAAUGAAAUGGGCUCAUAAACAUGAUACAAUUUAAAAGCACGCAUGACAUCAAAAUGUGAUAUAAAAAAGCAGGAAUUAGCUAUUGACUAAUAUACGAACCCACUUACGUAAACCAAAUUUGAUAGCGUAUCCAUUGAAACCAAUUAAAUAGAAAAAAGUUGAUGAGGCAGUCAAAUUGUCAAUUCAAUUCAUUGAAAUGAGUUUUUCGGGGAUAAGUUGUCUUGAAUUCACUGUUAUCCACUAUCCAGUGUAUGUCUCUUUGUUCCAAGGACAAAUUAACUCAGUAAUGUGGUUACAUGAAUGGUCAUUUAAGCUUCCGUAGUUUGCCCUUCAGUAUUUAGCAUCUGGGAUAGUAGUUUAUGUGGAGUGGUGCUUUCAGCCAGUGUUGGUUUAAAUUAGUCAGAGUACUGUAUUGGGGAGUAUAUGUCAGUUUUUAAAGUGAGAGUACAGUACUCAGGUGGUUGCUGUGGUUACAUUUUUUUAUUACUUUUGUUUUUUAUGUUUUUGGUUUUAUGGAUAUUUGGGGUUUGGGAUCCAGCUUUGUGUUUAAUUUUGUUUUACCAUUGUAUGGGGGCCCCAGCAUAUUAUGGAUCUUUUGCAUAUUUAAACUUUGGCCACUUCCAUAGAUUCCUUGUUUUCCAAAUGCAGCCCAAGUUCAAACAUGGUGAUAACGUACAAACAGCCAGUGGGUGCCUAUAUUUUUGUUCCCCCUUUCCCCCAUGUUUGCUUGCACUUGGCCUUCAUGCUUUGUCGAGAAUCCAAAUAUGUUUAGACAACCAUCUAGUUGUCACGCCUGCAUUUGUUCUUGAUUUAUGCUUAAGUUGCGGCAGCUUGCAGCAAAGCUUUGAUUAGUGGAUGCAAGUCAUGCAUUGGGAUUUGAAGGUCUUUAAUAAAGCGUGACGUUAUGUUUUUCCAUAUCAUUGUCAUAUGAAAGUUGACCCCCCCAUGAAAUGUGGUCUUUUUUAGGUCAUGUUGACUUUCAGCUUCCAGUCUAUGCCAGCUGUUGUUCCUUGUACAGUUAAGUCAUGCGUAACAACAUACAGCUUAUGCCUCAGACAGCUAGCAUUUCAUACCUCACAGGGACGGCAAAGUAUUCAAGUCCGAUUGAGGAUGCCUUGUUUGUGAAAUUCCUGCCCAUAGGGCUUUUUUCCUUUGACAAAAUGAAAUAGUUGCAGAUAACUCGUUGGAAAAAUAGUAACUAAAUCUGGUAGGAAAGCCUCUGUUUUGUUAUGGCCUACUUUGUUUAGGAGGCUUAACACCAUGAACUUCAUAGGAAAGGGAGGAGCAAGGGGAGGACCCCCCCAAAAGUUGAAUCUGAAAACUGUAAAAGGGAUAAAGAAGAUAACAGUAGAGAAAUACCCAAAAUGGAGUAAAGAUGACGAAACUCACCAGUUCGCUUGAAAAUACCUCCAAAUUCAUCCUCUUUCACCAUUAAUGGUUUAUUCUGUUUUGCUGCUGAUGAGUGGUUUCCCUUGUGAACAGUUGUUCAGUUUUACCAUUAGUGUUGGAAAUAUCACAAGAUUUAUUCCAAUAAGAUUGGUAGGAGAAGUUGGUGGUUGAUACCUAUACAUGUACAUGUAGCUAGUAUAUAGGCACUGAUUAUAUUUGCUUUUCAGUGCCAAAUUAAUUUAAAUGACACAAUUAUUCAUUUAAAGGAAAUGCCCUUUUCAAUUUUCCAGCUGUGACACGUACAAGUAAUGUGAUCAAUGCCAUAUAGAGGAGAGCUUAAUUCAGGGUAUUUUGGAACUUGAGCCUAUCAAAACUGUUAUAGUUGAAAUGAGUUCCUUUUUACGCUUGGCCGCACCAGUGUCAGAACAGAUAUUGGCAUGCUGUUAUAAAAUUCAGGUUGUAUGUCCACCGA